CACACCCCAUUCGAAUUCCUCGGCCCCUUCGUUCACUCGUCUCUGCCGCGCCACACCGGCGCCCGCGGCGUGUUCGCUGCCUGCCGCGUCUGGAGCUGAUACGAGCGGGAUCGGAGGAAGUUGCCGUGGUUUUGGCGCGCGCGACCUGCACGCCGUGGUUUCCAUGCGCUCCCGUUCCGCUGCUAGUCUUUUCCACCCGUGCAUUCGUCCACCCAGAACGCUAGAGGCGAGCGCCGGAGUGGGGGAUCGUCGGUGGAAUUCGUCGAGGUUCUUGCAGUACAAGUUCAGCUUGGUCGACCGAAAAGUCGCCGUCAUCGCGGCAGCUUGGGCGAGAAUUCUGGCUACAGUUUCAGUGUGAACUUGGCGUGAAAUGACCUGAGGACGAGUCCAUUCCGGUGGGUAAGAGUGUAAGACUUGGGAAGCGGCGUUGAGACCCGGUUAAUUCCUGCAUAACCACACCCCAUCCAUCAUUAGUUGGGUUGGGUUGGUUGAUACUCACGCGCCUGGGCGAGAAGAGAGAAGAGGUGGCCGGCAUGGACGGUUCCAGCGGAGGCUCCGGCGGCGGCUCCGGCUCGCCGCCGCCGUUCCUGAUCAAGACCUACGAGAUGGUGGAGGACCCGGCAACCAACCACGUCGUGUCGUGGGGACCCGGCGGCGCCAGCUUCGUCGUGUGGAACCCGCCGGACUUCUCGCGGGACCUGCUGCCCAAGUACUUCAAGCACAACAACUUCUCCAGCUUCAUCAGGCAGCUCAACACCUACGGUUUCCGAAAAAUUGAUCCCGAGAGAUGGGAAUUUGCUAACGAGGACUUCAUAAGGGGUCAUACGCAUCUUCUGAAAAACAUCCACCGGCGCAAACCAGUGCACAGCCACUCUUUGCAGACCCAAGUGAACGGGCCAUUAGCGGAGUCUGAAAGGCGGGAGCUAGAGGAUGAGAUCAACAGGCUCAAGUACGAGAAGAGCCUGCUCCUGGCAGAUCUCCAGAGGCAGAACCAGCAGCAGUAUGGGAUCAACUGGCAGAUGCAGUCGUUGGAGGACAGGUUGGUGCAAAUGGAGCAGCGGCAGAGGAAUAUUGUAGCCUCCUUGUGCGACAUCCUGCAGCGACACGGGGUUGUCUCAGGCUCAAGGAUGGAGACAGACCGCUUCAGCAAGAAGAGGAGGGUUCCAAAGAUCGAUUUCUUUGUCGAUGAACCGGCGGUCGAGGAACAGCAAGUGCCGUUCCUGCAGACAUUGGGUGCAGAAACACCAAACAUGUCUCCGAUCCACCUUUUAAAUGCUGAGCCAUUUGAGAAGAUGGAGCUGGCCUUGGUGUCACUGGAGAAUUUCUUCCAGAGGGCAAGCCAUGGGUCUGCUGAAGACAUGUGCAGUGGUGGUGCUGAACUCAGCCCUGCUCUGACUGAGAUGAAUUCAGCACCAAUGGACACUAACAUAAAUCAGCAGUUAUCAGCUGGCCUGAAUCCCUUUUCUUCGACCGCAGGGCAUACCCAUUCACCAUCUCCCUUGGCAGAAUCCUUGAGCUACGCGCAGAGUCCAAUGCUGGCAUUAUCAGACCUCCAUGAAGAUGCCCAUAGGACAGCUGAAGUCGACAUGAACUCUGAAACCACAACCGGUGACACUUCACAAGAGACCACCAGUGAAACUGGAGGUUCCCAUAUGCCAGCCAAGGUGAACGAUGUAUUCUGGGAGCGGUUUCUCACAGGAGAGGCCGAGUCAGGAAGACAGCACGCUGAUGAUAAAGGCGAGGCAAUAGAAGCAAAGGACGAUAUGAAGAUUGCCAUAGACUGCAGCAGUCUUAAUCACCAAAACAAUGUUGAUCAGAUUACUGAGCAGAUGGGGCAUCUUGAUUCAGCUGAGAAUGGCCCUGAUUCAACUAGGAAUGACUGAUUCACACCAUCUGAGCUGAUAGUCCAUUUGUAAAGCAACUGUGCUGUACAUUAUAGUUUAGGCCACCUUAAAUGCCAUGAUAGUAUACAUAGAUUAGCCUUUUAUAGCAUUUCCUACUGUAAAAAGUAAAAUUACUUGACUUCUGUACAUUAUGUUCUUAUGUUGAAUUCGAUACUGUAGAGCUAGCGGCCUAUAGCAGCACAGAUUCAAUUUUUCGCAAUCCUAAGAUAUUCCAUUGCUGUGCA